AAGAGGGAGAGAAGUCCUUUCUGUGUAUCUGACCAGAAAAAUGUCGUCUUCCACUAGAAAUAGUUUUUAGUAGCAUCAGACACUGUGAUUGCUGACACUCUAUUAAUUAUUUCCCAUUUCUUUAUCACUAUUUUUCACACUUCCCCGGCUAUUUCCCUUCACCUCAAAACCAGCUUCAUUGCAGUAGCAAACAAUCACAGAUUCAGCCCCAAAUUGAAGCACACACACACAUGCAUUCAUGACCACAAACAACGCUCCUCACUAAUUGAGUAAAUGGGUUGUUUGGUGUCACAACUCGCGGCCAAAUUCGCCUUCUUUCCGCCGACGCCGCCGACUUACCAGGUCAAGAAGAGGGACGACGGCAAGCUCGUGGCGGUCUCCGCCGCUUCCUCGCUCCCAAUCGCCAUUGACGACUCUUGCCUCGAUGUCCUGUCUGUCCACACCAAGAGGGGCAACAAGAUUGUAGCUUUUUACCUGAGGAAUCCCUCCGCCCGCCUCACUGUGUUGUAUUCCCAUGGAAAUGCAGCUGAUCUGGGCCAGCUCUAUGACCUCUUUCUCCAGCUCAAAGCCAAUCUCAGGGUUAAUCUUAUUGGGUAUGACUAUUCUGGUUAUGGAGCUUCAACCGGUAAGCCUAGUGAAUAUGACACAUAUGCGGACAUCGAGGCUGUAUAUGAGUGUCUUCAAACAGAGUAUGGGAUUAGCCAGGAAGAUCUAAUUCUAUACGGGCAAUCAGUUGGAAGUGGCCCCACACUACAUUUAGCAGCUCAGUUACCAAGACUAAGAGGUGUAGUUUUGCACAGUGCCAUCCUAUCUGGACUUCGUGUGCUUUGCCAUGUGAAGUUUACCCUCUGCUGUGAUAUUUACAAGAAUGUAAAGAAAAUUCGAAAGGUGAAGUCUCCUGUGCUUGUUAUACAUGGAACAGAUGAUGAUGUUGUAAAUUGGUUGCACGGUAAUGGUUUAUGGAAAAUGGCACGGGAACCAUACGAGCCAUUGUGGAUCAAAGGAGGCGGCCACUGCAACUUGGAGCUGUACCCGGAUUAUAUUCGCCAUCUUUGUAGAUUUGUUCAAGAAAUGGAGAACAUGACUACUGAAGUUCGAUUGAGGAAAAUCAGGCCAACUCUGGCUCUACAGAAGAGGUGGAAAUGUACCUCAAUGUGUUGUGCUGAUAAAUGCUGUAUAGUUAAAGUUAGAAGACCGAGAUGGCCACAAUGCUUGAACCUCAGUUGCAUAAAGAGGCCGAAAUGUGCGGGGUGGAGGCUGCCAGGAUGCCCGUCGUGCUUGAUUCCUAGCUGCACAGGUUUGUCGUGUUGGUGCAAGAAAUGUUCGUGCCGGUGUACAAUAUGCUCGUGUUUGUGUGCUGCCAAGUGCUCUUGUUGGUAAUAUUAUUGGUGGGUAUACAAAAACAUUUGGACUAAGCUUAGACUUUGUACAGAUUGCUUUUCUGUUAACAUGUAGUAGUACUAAUGGUGCACUAGUCUGAUAAUUGGUAUGUUUAGGAAUUUCAAGCCAAUUAGUACAUCAUUUUGUUCUUCUUGCUUCUACUAAUUAACGAUUGUAACUCUGUUUCUUGCAUCAAUGUCUAUUAUCCAUAAA